UUGUGCCAAGCACAUUAAUCUCACUUUUAUAUGCAGCUUGAUGGAAGUUCUUUCACGGAUGCCCUCCCGUAAUCUCCAUGCAGAUUAACAGCAAUGUUUCCAGCAUCUCUUGCUUCCCAGUCAGUGCCUCCCCAGAGGCUGGCACGAUGCGUGUGGUGGUGAUUGGAGGAGGGGUUAUUGGACUGUCCACCGCUCUCUGCAUCUAUGAUCACUACCACUCAGUCCUGCAGCCGCUGGAUUUGAAGGUCUACGCAGACCGCUUUACCCCGCUCACUACCACCGACGUGGCUGCCGGCCUAUGGCAGCCCUACCUCUCCAACCCCAGUAACCCACAGGAGGUGCACUGGAACCAGCAGACCUUUGACUACCUCCUGGGCCACAUCAAUUCUCCCAAGGCUGAAGACAUGGGCCUGGCUCUGGUCUCAGGCUACAACCUCUUCCGGGAAGCUGUUCCGGACCCUUUCUGGAAGAACACAGUUCUGGGAUUUCGGAAGCUGACCCCCAGAGAGUUGGACAUGUUUCCAGAUUAUAGCUAUGGAUGGUUCAACACAAGCCUGAUUCUGGAGGGGAGGAGAUAUCUGCAGUGGCUGACAGCGAGGUUAACUGAAAGGGGGGUGAAACUCUUCCAGCGGAAGGUGGAGUCUUUUGAGGAGGUGGCGAGAGGAGGCGCCGAUGUGAUUGUCAACUGCACGGGAGUGUGGGCAGGGGCCCUGCAGCCAGACCCCCAGCUGCAGCCAGGCCGGGGGCAGGUCAUUAAGGUGGAUGCUCCUUGGAUAAAACACUUCAUCCUUACCCAUGACCCAGGGAGAGGCAUCUAUAGGUCCCCAUACAUCAUCCCGGGGAUCCAGACAGUAACUCUCGGAGGCAUCUUCCAGCUGGGGAACUGGAGUGAGGUGAACAAUAUCCAGGACCACAACACCAUCUGGGAGGGUUGUUGUAGCCUGGAGCCCACACUGAAGGAUGCAAAAAUUAUUGGUGAAUCAUCUGGCUUCAGGCCAGUACGCCCUGAGGUUCGGUUAGAAAGAGAACAGCUUCGCUUUGGGCCUUCGAAGACAGAGGUCAUCCACAACUAUGGCCACGGAGGCUACGGGCUCACCAUCCACUGGGGCUGUGCCCUGGAGGUGGUCAAGCUCUUUGGGCAAGUCCUGGAAGAAAGGAAGUUGCUCAGGAUGCCUCCGUCCCACCUCUGAUGAUGCCAGUGGCCUGCACCUCCUCCAUACAGACUCCCUGCUGUCCUCGCCAAUGAAUUAGUGUGCUCCCCUAUAAACCAUGCUUGCUCCCCACCCCACCCCUGGCUCCUUCCCACAAAAAGCAUGAGGUGAGAGGAAACCACAAGGUCAGUUCCUGUGGACAAAUCUGCAAGGUUGAAUCCAGUCCCAGCUAGGGUCCCCUCUGAGGGCUGAGGCCCCAUCCUGUGUGGGCCUGACCUGAACGGCUGUCAUUCCGUGAGUCUUCAGAAGAAAGGAAAGCUCAGAAAAUCAGAGGGGGCAGCAGAAAACUGAAGAUCAUUGAAGUCACACCUAUAUAUGAAAGGGUCUAAAAAGUCCCACUGCAGGAUGCAGAUCUGACCUUGUUUAACGCCUUCCUAAGCCCAUUAGAGCUCCAGUGCCGCGAAGACUGGAACAGAUUUCACUGCAGAAAUAGCUCUACUUCACGUAGAGCUAGAGUGUGCAGGGCACAGAAGAGGUGAGGAACAUCUGAUGCCAUUUUCAUGUCCAGGAUUCCAAAUGGCAUCAGCUGCCCACUUGAGUGGCCCCCCGGGCACCGGGGGACCCUUGAGAAGGAGCCACUGCGGGGACCAUCCCACAAGGAACCUCUGUGUAGAGAAUAAACUCACCAAGCAUAUUCUGUGCUGGGGGCAGGGGCUGAUUUAACCCCCCUCCUUAUCUCCUGGUUGGUAGCCCCUGAGAUGCAAACAGGCCCCCAGGUGUUUUGAAAGCCUUAAAUGAUCUAGAAGUCACCUGAACAGCUUCAUCCCUAUUACCUGUCAGCCUCUGUGAAAGACCAGAAGUCUUUGUUUGUGGGGCCAGAGCACUAAGUGCUGUCCAAGCCACAGCUGUCUGCUCCUCCCUGUGCCAGUUCACCUGAGGGUUUCUUCAUGAGGCAUGUGCCCUGAAUUUGGCCAGCCCUAAGCUAAGCAGGGUGAGAGAGCCAAGAUCUAAGGUAGAGAGUUCUUGUCCUAAUAAUAAUAGCAUUUAAUAAUAAGUAGACGUAGCAUUUGUAGCAUUCAGGCUGGGUACCAGGCUCUAUGCAAAACUUAUGCACAUUAUUCAUUGAAUCCUCAUCCCUCCACCCCCCCACCCCCCGUCAUGAGUAGUUAGGUUUGGAGAACAAGGCGCAGACCGUAGUAUGAGGUAAGCAGCUAGGAAUGGAUAGAAUGUCUAAAAUAUUUUGAUCUAACAUACUAAAAUUUGGAGCUUUCACUUAAAAAAAAAAUCCAAAUUCCUGUCUUGAGAAUCAGGAGCAUCCAUGAUACAACCAAGUUAUUCAGAGCUGAGUAGCCGUCGUCCACCUGGGACUGGGCUUGUGUUCCCCCCGCCUCCACCGCGCCCCUAUCCCCCACCCCCUCCUCUUCCCGCUCUGGUUCACUCACUCACGCUCCCUGGCCAUCCCCUGUAGGAAAUGAACUACCAAUCCCUCUUAUAAUAAAGCUGCACAUC